ACUGUAUCUGCUACUAUAGAUUGCAUCUGGCUACAAAGUAAGCAUUGAGACUAGCUCGCUCUCGAAUCGAUUAGCCGCUACUGAAUUCGAUCUGAAGCUGCAGGAGUGCAGCGCCAAAUUGUUGUGGUCGCUGCGACAGUAACCGCUACUGGAGACUGUUGCCCGGGGUGGACUGACCUGCUACCAUACAGCGCAGUAUGUACAUGCUGUCCACACUUCCCGGCAGUAGCUAAUGUCGAUUGAUGGUGUUACACCCCAUACAACACCCAUGUGGAGCUAUUAGCGGUUGCAUCUCCAGAGAGCACGAAUCCUUCUCCAUGCCGGGAUAUGCAUGCCUCGUACGAGCCGAACAUCUUUUCAAAAGCAUGCGAUAUCACAGAAUGAAACGCCCCUGGGCAGCAACAGAAAGAGCACGUUGGGGCUGCUUGCUGGUUGGCUUCGGGCCGGUGGGAGGUAACGUGACCGGCGAGGCCUAUCUUUACCUCAACGACACGGCCCAUAGAGAGAAGGUCACCUGGCGAUACUCACUAUCAGCAUGCGACGACGAAGGUAUUGCAUGAUAUAGAUAUUCAUGAAUACCCGGCUCGCAGAAGUUCAUGGAACGAGGGCUCGCGUGUUUUGUAUACAGCGGAGGAUGUGAUAUGGUCAACGGACUAGCGGAAAGUAGAUAUCAUAGUGGAUCUCCCGCCACUCCUACCACUGAAUGUACUGGAUAUUC